CGUGCCGGUGUACAGAUGUCCUGCGGCCUCUGAAAGCAGCACCGCUACGUAGUAGGGGAGCGGUUUAUCGUAAACCGCCAAGAGACAGAAACAAACGCAAGAUUACGCCCCAAAUAACGCGGGAACGGUAAGAGAAACUCUCUGACUAUGUCUGCGUGUAAUUAAAUGUCGCCGUGCGGGUAUCCGACACGUUGCAUUUCAACCUGACCGUAGGUACGAACAGAAGAAUGGCUCGCGGUAGAGUGGAGACAAAGACUUCCGGUCGGGUUUUACGCUCGCGCUGCUCGGCCACGUGGUCAACAAAUGACCAUCACCUGUCAAUGUGAGAUGGAGAAGCAGCCGCUGCCGACGGACGACGUCCCGCCCGCAGCCUCGGAGGCCGAGGUGGAGGUCAGCCAGCCGGCCUCGUCCGAGCCUGCUGCCCGAGCGGGGUGGGACAGUAAAAUAGAGUAUUUUUUGGCUCAGGUGGGAUUCAGCGUUGGGCUCGGCAACGUCUGGAGGUUUCCGUAUUUGUGCCAUCAGAACGGAGGGGGGGCCUUUCUCCUCCUGUACGUGCUGCUGAUGCUGGUGAUGGGCAUCCCCCUGUUCUUCCUGGAGCUGGCAGCCGGUCAGGCCAUCCGACAGGGCAGCAUCGGCGUGUGGAAGUUCAUCUCCCCCCGGCUCGCCGGCAUCGGCUACUCCAGCUGCGUGGUGUGUUUCUUCGUGGCUCUCUACUACAACGUGAUCCUUGCAUGGAGUCUGUUCUAUCUUGGGAACUCGUUCCAGUCCCCUUUACCUUGGGAACAGUGUCCACAACAGGGCAAUGUGACGGUAAAAGAAUGUGAGACGAGCUCCCCGACAUCGUACUUCUGGUACCGCAGAGCUCUGGAUAUCACGGACUCGAUCGACGAGACGGGCUCCUUCAACCCGUACAUCGUCGGCUGUCUGCUGGCCGCCUGGACCCUCGUGUGCCUGGGAAUGUUCAAGGGCAUCAAGAGCUCCGUCAAGGUGAUGUAUUUCUCCUCCAUCUUCCCCUACGUGGUGCUGAUCUGCUUCCUGGUCCGGGGGCUCAUGCUGGACGGGGCCUCGGAUGGAAUCGCCUACAUGUUCUACCCCAAGCUGGGUAUCUGGGCGGACAUCCAGGUGUGGCGGCAGGCCGCCACGCAGGUCUUCUUCGCGUUGGGCCUGGGCUUCGGGUCCAUCAUCGCCUACUCGUCCUACAACCCCAAGAACAACAACUGCCACCGCGACGCCUUCACCGUCUCCGGCAUCAACUUCCUCACCUCUGUGCUCGCCUCGCUGGUGGUGUUCGCUGUGCUCGGCUUCCGGGCCAAGAACAAGACGCUGGCGUGCGUCGCCAGUAAUUUAAAGGCGUUGUCCGAGCUCUUCCUCAGCGGCGCUGUGGACGCGCACCUGAUGCCCAGCUUCAACUACUCGAAUCCCGGCUCCGUGGCUCCUGAGCUCUACAGCGCCUGGUUCAAACAGAAGGGGUUAAACGUCUCGGGCAAUUUGACCGACUGCGACCUGGAGAAAGCGAUGCAGCAGGGCGCGGAGGGCACCGGCCUGGCGUUCAUCGCCUUCACGGAGGCCAUGUCCCUGCUGCCCGGCAGCCCCUUCUGGUCGGCGCUCUUCUUCCUCAUGCUGCUCAACCUGGGACUCAGCACCAUGUUUGGCACCAUGGAGGGGAUCCUCGCCCCGCUCACCGACCGCUUCAAAAUUCUGGCCAACAACAAGACCAAAUUCACAAUCUUCAGCUGCGUCCUGGGCUUCCUCAUCGGCCUGCUGUUCACCCAGCGAUGCGGGAACUACUUUGUGGCCAUGUUCGACGACUACUCGGCCACCCUGCCGCUCAUCAUCGUGGUGGUUUUUGAGACCUUCAGCGUGGCCUGGCUGUACGGGGCUGACAGGUUCCUUGAUGACAUCGAGGUGAUGCUGGGCUGGCGUCCCCAUGUGAUCUACAAGUACAUGUGGAAGUACGUCUGCCUGCUCGCCAUGCUGGGGCUGCUGGGCGCCACCACCGUCCGAAUGUUCAUCAAACGCCCAACUUAUUUGGCGUGGAACCAAGAGACGGCUUCUGAGCAGUACCGCGACUACCCCGACUGGGCUCUGGCUGUUUUAGCAUCGCUGAUCAUAUUCGCCAUGAUGCCCGUCCCGGUGGCGCUGAUCCACGCUGUCCUGCAGGACAGGACGAGGCGAGCGGCGGGAGGUGCAGCGACCGCUCACUACCGCGUCGUCAGCACUCACGACAGCUGUGAGACUCCGAUGACCGACAUGUCCGAACUGACUCAAAGCAACGGUACCGACUCCUCCUUCCCCUAAUCCCGUGCUACGUGAUGCUACGUGAUGCUACGUGAUGCUACGUGAUGCCACGUGAUGCUACGUGAUGCCACGUGAUGCCACGUGAUGCUACGUGAUGCUGCGUGAUGCCACGUGAUGCCACGUGAUGCUACGUGAUGCCACGUGAUGCUACGUGAUGCCACGUGAUGCCACGUGAUGCUACGUGAUGCCACGCAUUUUCAAGGACAAUUGAAUCUCUGCAUUUGAUGGGAAAGUGAGAAAAAUGUUAUUUUAAUAUUUAAUAUAAAGAUUUUACUAUUUUUUUUAUUUUUAACUUGGAAAAAAGUAUGCAAAGCCGGAUGCUUUGUUCAGACAAAACGGAAUGAACAACUUGGUACACGGUAGCGUUUCCAUUAACUUUAAAUUGAGUUUUGUCCAAAAAAUACUGUCUCCGUUUUUUCACUUUUAAAAAGAUUUUUACGAAGAGUUAAUUUGUCCUUGAACACAACUUUUUAUUUAACUCUUUUACAUCAGUAAAUGUUACAAUUGUAAUGAUUGUUUUUAGGCUGUGCUUAAGAUUGUUACUUGUGAAAUCGGCUACGACUGACAAAAAGUGGCGAAAUCUCGGUAUCGGUGUGUAAGGCACCGGCCUCCUGGUCACAUGGGUCCAUCCGCACGGCCAGAGACUGAAGGCUCGACCCGUUGUGUGUGUGCGUGUGUGUGUGUGUGUGUGAGAGAGAGAGUGUGAUAACUUGAAAUGUUUGUGAGGCUGUUACGGGAAGUGUGUGAAUUCAUCAAGGUUGAGGUGUAAUGCAGCGUUGCUGCUAUUGACUCGUGGAAGUCACGUUAACUCUGCAAAACCGCCGCUGUACCGAAUCAGAAUCUCCUCCUUUUCUUUUUUGUGCUUUUUCACAUUUGUCGUUAUUCAAGUUUUUCUGUCCAUUGGUCAAAAUAUUGAGCCGGACUCUGGACGUGAAAGUUUUCCUAUUACUCCUUUUUGUAGUGUAAAUAUGUAUAAAGGAGUUGCUGAAACUACAUGAACAACCGUCAUUGAAAAUACGUGGGGGUUUUUCUGUCAUUUAUUAUUUGAAAAUUGAUUUAUUUUCCUCUGAAGCUGCAGUUUAAGAGGAAAUUGGUGUGUUGAGUCGGACGAAGUCACGGACCAGAGGAAGUGCUCCUUUACAUUGAAGUAAGGGGUUCUUUUGUAAAACUAAAUGUUAUAUCUGAGAACAAAGGUGUAGUUUACGUUAGACUUUCAGUUUGGUUUCUUUCAGAAUGAUUCAUGAUGUUCUGUAUUUAUGUACUAAAAUAAAUAGCCUUCAAAUUGAA